CAGCCCCGUCUGAACUCUUCACUCUGUUUUGGAUUUCAUAGCGGUCGCAUCGAAAUUACAAAAAUGGCAAACAAUUUUGCCAAAAAAAUCGCAUAAAUUGCCGUUUUCCAUCCGCGACGCGCCGUUUACGCGAAACCCUCUAAUUCUACUCCAAUAAAAGUGCUUUAAUUAUACAUGAAGUGUGCAAUCAAUGUUUUUUCAGUGUGCAAAGUUCAGAGGCAAAAGCAAAUCAAAAUCAAAAAAGCAAAGUCAAAAGCAAAAGCAAAGUAAAAGCAAAAGCAAAAGCCAAAGCAAAUGUAGUCGAAAUGUUGAAAACGUAUGUAAGUUCAUCCGUGAAAAGUGAAUACGAUGGAAAAUGGUUGUAAAAUGAAAUAAAAAUGUGUCCUCCCUGGAAUCGUUAAAUCGCUAAAUAUAUGUACAUAUAUAACAACAAACAAAUUCGAAAAGAAAUCAACAGAUCAAAUGCAACAACAAUUUCGCUUUCUCAUUUUUAUGCCAGUGAACAGAAAGGAAAAAAAUACAACUUGAAAACGAAAAAGAAGAGACAAACAAGAGGCAGGCGAAAAAAGUGAAAUGCGCAUUGACUUCGGUUCGGAACGUUUUUUAUUGUCAAUUUUUCAAACGGCACUUGGACCUCCUCUACCGUGUGCUUGUGUUGCUCUCCGUCUCUGUCUUUGCUUUUUUUCUCGCUCAUUGUUCGCACGUUCGCUGCGGCUAACGGAACUGCUGGCUGUUGUUGUUGUUGUUUUUGAUAUUGUUGUAUGGCAAAAGCAAUCCCAAAAGCAAAGGAACAAUUUACUUUACUUUUUUUUUUUUGUUUUUUUUGGUGCGUUGCCCUUUGGUUACUCCUACAAGAGCACCAACAACAACAAUAACAACACUUGUACGUAUAAUGAAUGAAUGUGCUGGAGGUACAACAGGAACAACAACAAACAGAAAAGACAAAAAAAAAAAAAAAAAAAAACAAAAACAAUAAGAGCAACCAGUACGCGCUCCGGACUGCGGAGAGUAUCGAGAUAAUUUUCUCGUUCAUCUGGUGUUUUUAUGAUAUGUACAUUUUUGAUUUUAUAUUUAACACCUGCUGUUCUUCCAUCACCAGCGUGUGAGUGUGUGUGUGGCUGGGUGCAGUGGAGCUCAGUGCUGCAAUUGCGAUCAACAGCUGUUGCCGGCAGAGCAACAAUGAUAGAGAGAGAGAGAGAGAGAGAGCUGGCGCAUGUGUGUGUGUGUGUCCUUGCAUGUGGUUUUUUAUUUUUGUGGCGUUCUGUUGUCGCAGCUGGAAGAGCGAGCUAGAGAGGAUGUGUCGUAAGAGGGAUAUUUUGGAGACAAACCUCAAGUGCUUGGAGAGAUCAUGACGAACUUUUGAUUACAAAUUCCAGCCAUUAUUCUCACUCUGCAUACUUUCCAUUCCAUCUUUCAGCAAGCCCCCUAAAUCGCCUCAAAUAAAAGCAAUAAAAGUAAACAAAACAUAACCUAGAGUAGGAAUAAGAAUAGGAAUAGGAGUAAGAGAAAAGUUAACCUUGCAGUAGAAGAAUACCGAUAUCGUAGCCACUAGCUUUGCCAGAGGAUGGAGUCGUCGGGAGCGUUUUGAGCAGAACUAAACUGGCUAAUUACUAUAAGUCCGCCUUCCAGUAGCUAAUACAUAUACACGCAUGAUCCAUGUAAGCUUGUAGCUGUAACGACUCGCGACAAAGUGCGUUAAGUAUAACGGUGCAAUCAAAUCUUAAUGAAGACUACCGCAGCAUAUAUCACACACAUUUUGAAGAGUAUCUAUAUCUUUAUCUAAUUACGUGCAAAAUCGAUCGAUAUACAAUCCACUGUCUGGAGUCUGGAAGCUUGAGCCAACGCGAUUACUUUAAGGAAUUACUUUACCGCAACACAUUAAUAUUAAUAUUUAAACUAGGGAGGAGGUAGAAUACUAAAUCAAGUGCAAAUUACGGAAAAUAACUAUUCUAAAUCUAAAUAUAAUAAUCGAUGAGAAAGGAGUACGAGUUUUGAAUACUGAACCCCUAUUCGUAGGCUAAUCAAUGAGAAUAAAAAGUAAAAAGUAACAAAUUUUUUAACGCGCCCCAAGUGCUUAAGCAACACCAAACAAACAAACUUUGUUAAACAACAGCAACCUCAACAACAACAACCAACAGCGAAUCGAGCAAUAUUAUCAAUAAUUAUCAAUUAAAUUGUUAAAUGUUAAAAUUCAGAGUUAAAAUACAACAAAUAUACAACUAAAAACAACAAAUAAUUAGAGAGAAGGAAAGCUAACAACCUGCCAAGAAACACAACAACUGAUGCGGUGCUUAAGAACCAUCAUCUCGACCUAGGGGAGGAACAGGAACCAGCACCAGCUCGGGAAGGGGGGAGAGCCUUUCCACUCAACUUCAACUUGGCAGCAUCGCCUGGGACUAGGACUAACUGGACGCCAAUGUGCGGCGACGGGACUCCGGACUUCGGGAACGCGCUAUGGAUAUACACAUGAAGAAACUAACUAAGCCACGGUACUGCAACUUUGAUUUUUUCACUCACAACACACACUCUUUCAGCGAAGACAUACUCAAGCAAUAAAAGACUCCGAGCUGUAGAAGCUAUAGCCACUGACUCCAGAGCAGAUCAAAGCCAGCAUUUAAGAGAAAAGUCUGUUACGGGAAAAAGAAAUCAAAACAGAGAAUUAAGAAUUGAGAAUUGAGAAUGAAGCGAGCCUAGAAGACUAGACUGGGGAAGACUGGUCUACCUGCAGAGCCUCAAACUUAAGCCCCAAAAGCAGAGCAAAAUGUUGCAAGCGCCAGAUGACAGACGAACGCACAGCCCCACUGAAUGCAACAACAGCCACUGCAACAACUGCGCUUGCAUCUGCAACAGCAACAACAACAGGAAUAGAAGCAAAGCGCCGUUCCAGCGUCGCAAAAUUACAACGAUAACAUAAGUCUCUGCAUCGGAGCAGGAGAGAUAGCCAGCAAGAGAGAGAGAUAGAGAGCGAAGAGAGGGGUCUGAUUGCGUUUAGUUGCCCCCUCCUCCCCCUCCCCAAUUUUCACCCAACUUGUCCCCCCCCCAAUCUGUCUGUCUGCCUACCUGCCUGCCUGACUGUGCCUUCUCUCUCUCUCACCUGAGGAUUGUCUAAUUGUAUUCAUAAAUUAGUGUUCAUGCUAAUCGCGCGUUAUGGCACAACAGCAGCAACAACAACACAACCACCAGACUAGCAACAACAACAACAACAACAGUAGCAUACUACUAUUACAGCAGCAGCAACUCCAUCAAGAACAACUACAACAAUACAAUAACAAUUUGUACAGCCAGAAUUAUAACAUGGAGGAGUACGAGCGGCGGAAGAGACGCGAGCGUGAGAAAAUCGAACGGCAGCAGGGAAUCCAGAUCGAUGAUCGGGAAACUAGUCUAUUCGGCGAGCCGAGGCGGCUGACGGAGGCCGAUGCGGACAUCACGGCGGCGCUGGGGGAGUUCGGCGAUGCCCGGGUCUACAUUAACCAGUCAACGGUGGGGAUUAGUCGACACACGCCGGGCGCCGGCAAUCCGCGCCUGCAGGCACCCCUACAGCCACCACCAAAGUCCCUGGGCCACUCCCCCUCCUACACCGGAUCUACUGGCUCCGCUUCCGCGUCGGCAAACUCUGCUGUGCCCAGCCAGCAGCAGCAGCAGCAGCACUACCAGCAGCAGCAGCGCCCCUCGACCUAUGUGAAGCAGGCGGACAACAAGCCGCCCUACAACGGCCGCGGCGGCUACCCCGGCCAGCCGAUGAAGAACGACAUUCCCUCGAGUAGUGGCAUGGCCCCGCCUCGCGGCCCGCCCAGAUCCAGUUCCGGCAACAGCAGCAGCAACUCGUCCAGCGCCACAAACAACACCAGCGGAGUCCCAACCAGCACGCCGCUGGGUCCGCCCCUCACCACCCAGAUGCCUAAUGGGCGGGAAAAGUCCUUUCUCGGCCCACCAGCCCCGUCGCUGCACAACGGCACAGGCGGUCGAUUUCUCCCGCCCGCGGCCAGUAAACGGAGCAGCAGCGGAGCCGGCCAACAACCACUGCCACAGGAGCAGAAGGACAUCAGCAAGAUGAUCAGCGAGAUGGCGGACAACUUCCGGGUUACGCCGCUGACCUCGAUAGCUGCUACGCCGCACGCGCCGGUCCGGGAGAACUAUAACCUCAACGGGCCCAACAAAAACAAGUACAUGGACGACAUCAUCAGCUCGCCGCUCUCCCAGCCCUCGUCGCUAAUGACGCCCCUGUUCGCCCCCAUUGCGCCCAUCGCGUCUCCGCCCCAGACCAGCCAGUUGCCUCUGGGCGGAGCAACAAGUUUGACGGGUUCCAGCGAGGCGGUGCUGGGCUUGGCGCCACUGCAGCAACUGCCACCCACGCCACCCAAAGCAGCCUCCGCCAUCACGUCGCCCGCAGCGGCCAAGCCGCUAAAAACAGAGAAGAACCACACGCUGGAGAAGCAGGACUCGUGCCUCGAGAACGAUUUGGAGUUGUCCGAGUCGGAAGACGAGCAGCCAAAAAAGGAGGGCCGGUCGGCGGGAAACAGUAGUAACAGCUCCGAGUCGGAUUCCAGUGAGUCGGGCAGCGAGUCGAGCAGCAAGAACGACGCCCAACCACUUCCCAAUCACAAGCUGCAUCACCAACAGCAGCAGCAGCUGCAGCAACAGCCCCUCCAACAACAGCAGCACCAACAACAACAGCAGCAGCAAAUCCUCCUGCAACAGCAGCAGCAGCAGAGGCCCCAGCAGUUGACGGCGAAUGGGAAAAGCGAGAAGAAGAAGUACAAGCACGCGAUCAUCGCCGGAGGCAGCAACACGAUAACGGGACUGCUGACGUCCAGCGGGUUUGGGAGUGGCGGGAAUGGGGGUCCGGGAGGAAACUCCUGUGGGCCCGGCAGCGGAGCCAGCGCCUCGGCUGGCACGAUGAGCAGCGGCGGCAGCUCCUCGAACAAGACGCCGUCGCCUACAGAGAGCAACAAGUGGACACUGAGUAGGUUCUUUCCGAAGCCCGCCAACCAGACAAACACCGAGAGCGCUACGCCCGGCAACGUGAGCAUGAAGGUGCCAGGAAUCCUGCCGGGGGGCGCCCAAAUCAUACCUGAGCCCAUCGAAGUGUCAACGGCGAUUGUCAAGAACGAGAAGAUUCACGACGAUCCCAUGGACAUGGAUGAUGGCGAGGAGGACGACGACGACGAGGACCAGCAACAGCAGCAGCAACAGCAAUUGCAUUACAGAGCUGAUCUCAGCGUGACACCAGUGUCGGUGAAGAAGGAAGCCAUCGACGGAGUGUCCGAGCUCGGCCUGGCGGCAAUCCCAAAAAACCAAAUAAAGCGCGAGUCAUCAGAGGCGCUUCACGCCUCUCGGCUCUCGGACUCUGGCACCAGCGGUAGCUCUUCGAGCAGCAGCAGCAGCUCGGAAAGUGCCCCCGGUGGAGAGGUUGUGCCUAUGCCGGGUCCCGGUGAGACCCUCCAGAUCCCCGGGGGGGCAGCCAUUACGUCGGUAAUGCGGGUGCCCCCGACGCUAACGCAGAAGGCGCCUUCCAGCACCAGCGUCACCCUCAUGCCCAUCCUACCGCUGCCCAUGUCCCCGAAGCAGCGCCAGAAGAAGCAGCGCAAGAAGAAAACGAGUACUCCCAUUGUGAAUUCGAGCGACGAAGACGAACCGGCGCCCAAACACCCAGGCUUGGAUUACACCGCAGUUUCGGCCCAUUCGCAGUCCACGGCGACGGCGCCGGCAAAGAAACGAGGAAGGCCGCGAAAGCAGCAGCAGCAGAGCGGCGGCAGUGGUAACCUGAGUAGCGCCUCGGCAGGCAGCAGCUCCCAGACCAAGGGACCCACACUGACGGCCGCCAAGAAGCCGCUGUGCAAGGCACUCCCGGCCAUGGGAGGUGCCAGGAAGCGGGAUCAUUCCAGCCAAAGCAGCUCCAACGGCAACACGCCGACCAAGAAGAUGGCCACGCCUAUGUCGGUGUCCGCGCCUCCGAAGACCGCCAGUGUCCAUCGUGACAGCAGCAGUUCCGACGACGACAGCUCCUCGAGCGGCGGAUCCAGCUCCAAGUCAAGCAGCUCCUCGAGCAGCAGCGAUGACACGGAGGAGGCGCAGAACACAAACUGCCGGAUUGUCAAGCUGAACAAGACGGGGGCGGGGGCGGUGGCGGCGAAGGUGCUUCUGGGCAGCGGCAGUAGUUCGGCCCUCAGCAGCGGCAGCGAAGCGGAGGACCAGGCGAGGAGCCAGGCGGGAAGCGGCAAGGCUCUGGCUCAACAGAUGCCACCAUACAAGCCGCAGGUGAUGAGCCAGCACAGCCAACAGCUUAGCAGCUCCGAGUGCUCCUCGUCCAGUGGCGACAGGGGGGGCACCGGGGCCGGCAGCAGCAGCAGCGGCGAAGAGGAUGAGGCGCGGCACGAGAAGGAACGCGAGCGGAAGCCGAAGAGCGACAAGAACAAGAUCAGUACGCUGACGAGGAUCUUCAACCCGAAAGAGGGUGGCGCUAAGAAGCAGGGCCAGGUGGUGAUCAUGGACCUGCAGGAAGAGCAGCAGCAGGGCAAGCUGGAUGCGGCGACGCAGUCUUCGCAAAUUCCAGCGACCGCUCCUGCAGUGAAGCCCCGGAUGACGCCCACCCAGCAACUGCAGCAGCAGCACGCCCAGUCGCAGCAGAUGCUGGGCACGAGUCUGGCCUCCCCUGCCAGGACCACCACGCCUCACCUGACCUCCUUGAUCUGUAAGAUUGACCUCAGCAAACUGUCGCGGGAGCGAAUUAUGCGCCUGAAGAAACUGACGCCUGCCCAGCAAAAUGGCCACCUGACGCCCAAGGGCCAGGCAGCGUCGGCGGUUCAGAUGCCCAAUGGGUAUGCCAAUGACGCCGUUCCCGCCGCCAAAGUCAAACCCGAGCACCCGGUGAAGCCCGAACCCGAUGCGGACUACGAAGCCAAAUUCAAGCCUGGUAGCGUUAAACAGGAGUUCCAGCUUAAGCAGGAGCGGGACCGGGACAGAGAGAGGGAACGGGAACGGGAUAGGGAGCAGCCGCCCGGUCGAAGACGGAAGCGCAGCUCUAGUUCCAGCUCCAGCCCCUACAAGGAGAAGAAGCGGAAAAAGGAGAAAACGGACCAGUUGCAGAUCUGCAAGGAGCUGCUACCCUCAAACAACCAUGAGCGGAUACCCAACCACGAUCGCCUGUCGUACGAUAAGCUCCAGUUACUCCACGAGGAUGCAGCUGCCGCUGCCGCUGCGAGUGGCGUUGGCGCCGCUCCCAAUGGUAGCCCCAGAAAAAAUCUGUUGGCCAUGUCUCCUCUUCCGCCUCCCCCGAUAUCUACAGCCAUUGCCAUUGUGCCGCCCAUCACCUGCAACGAAGCCGUGCAGACGACUCCACCUCUAACGACGUCCACGUCUCCACAAGCAGCUUCGGCAGUUACUGAGCCAGCCCCCCCAGCAGUUGCAGUUCCUCCAGCACCAGUCACACGCCUUAUUUACCGAUCGUAUUUCGAUCGCGAGGAGGCUCAUCCUAGCGCCGAUCUUAGAAGAAACAACCAGUUCCUGCAGGAGGCCGUCAACCGGAAGCACGCCGCCGACGCGGAGCCUGACUCCUUCAACCAGGUCACCUUGUAUUUGGAAGCUGUUGUCUACUUUCUACUGACUGCCGACGCCAUGGAGCGUUGUAGCUCUGAGGCCACCUACACUAUGUAUAAGGACACCUUGUCCCUAAUUAAAUUCAUCUCCUUCAAGUUUCGCCCCCAGCAUUCGGCAAACGGGCAGACCAAGACUCACAUGGCCAAAGUAGCAAUACUUAGCUUACGUUGCCAAUCACUGAUAUCGCUCAAGUUGUACAAUCUCCGGAGAGCGAACUGUCGCGACAUCAUUGCUAGCCUUACGGACUUCUUUCGCACGGGUAGGGGAGACAUUGUAAAUGGGAACACGCCAUCAUCCAUUUCACCAUCUAACUCGGUGGGCUCACAGGGCUCCGGUUCUAAUACGCCGCCGGGAAGAAUAGUGCCUAGAGACAUACAUAACCAGCUGAGCAAGCAGAACGAAUAUCUGAGCUAUGUGCAUAGUGCUCAUGAGUUGUGGGAUCAAGCCGAUCAUUCGGUGCGCAAAGGAAAUCAUACAGAUUUCUUCCGCGAACUGGACCAUGAAAACGGACCUUUGACGCUCCAUAGCACUAUGCACGAGGUGUUCCGGUAUGUGCAAGCUGGUCUUAAGACGCUCAGGGAUGCAGUGUCGCAUACGGCGCAUCCAACUCAAUAGCGGGAUUAAUAAGUAACGAAAUUAGAAUCAGAAAAGGAAAAAGAAACACCACCAAACGUGUCUAAACAAAAGUCAGGCCAAAUUAGCAACUAUAGUAUGUAAUAUAUACUAGUUACGAGCUACUAUUUAGUUAGUCAACAAACAAGUAACGGAGAGAAACAAAACAAAAGAAAAUAAGUCGAAACCAAUAACCUUCCAAAAGAAAAAACAAAAAGGAAACAUCAAAAACAUAGCAACACAAGAAAUUAUUUGUUAUUAAUUUAUAGUUUUUAUAUGUUUGUAUUUGUAUAUUAUGCACACCAAUUACUUAUAGUUUUAGUUGAUAUUACCACAAACACAAACACACACACACAAAACCACAAAAGCAACAUUUCAAGUUAUAGUAGCUAUAUGUUUAGACUCUAAGCUCAAAAACAGAUAUGCUAAAAGAAAGUUCUCGCGCCCUCUACCUGUAUCUCCCCCCUCAACACACAAUUUUAGGUGAAUUUUGUUUUCGUUUGCGUAGAAAGUUAAGUGAAACGGCUUUUUAAUUUGUUUAAGUUUUAGUUAAUUUUUUCCUGCAGCACUGAUUUUAUGUCUGAUGCUAGCAAAUAUACACAUAUUAUGGCCUAUAUAAAGCAAAGUUAUAGUUAUAAUUCUUUGUAAUAUUUUUAUUAUGAAUUAUGUUUAACGCUCCUUUUUUAUUAAUUUUAAACUAAUUCAUUAAAAACAAUCACAACACGUUCUAGAACAAAAUACAAAAAUGAAAAAUUGUAUACUAAUAUAUAUAUUUCAAAUAUAUAAUUAUGGAAUUUUGA